AUGGCCAAAUUCCUUUUUGAAACUCUGCCCUUGGCGGCCAGGGGCUGGCAGGUGCAGCUGCUGUGCUGCCUCUACCUGGAGGCCUGGGCCUAUGUUGAGAAGGAAGAGAUGCGGCGGCGGCUGCUUGGCCGGGCGGAGAACAGCACCCGAGUCGACGACAACGAGGAAGUCAUCGAGAAGCGUCUAUCCGGGUUUCAGGCUGACACCGAGCCUCUGCUCCAGUUCUUCAAGGCCGAAGGGCAGCUCCUCACCGUGGACGGCGGAAGAGCACCCGAGGAGGUCUUCGGCGACAUACGCGCCGAGCUGUCGGAGGCUGCACAGGAAGCCUGA